AUGCCAUGAUUUCACAGCUGACUUUACAGCUGUGUUAAAUUCCUUUGGAAAGAAACGUUAUUCUCUAAGUGAUUAUAUUUUUUAAGUGAUAUAAAAGCUUGUGAAACUCAAAAAUAUGUUCAGCCAAGUGCUGAGAAAUUUUCAUCGUAUUUUAGUGCUUCAAACACCGAGAUCUACGUAUAUUACUAACACUUCAUUUCCCUGUGUUUGUCGUAAAUUCGGAAUAUACCCCGCUAAUCAUGUAUCGUUGAGUAGUGUUACGCGCCUUCAUGACAACUGGGAAUCUUCUGUAGAAAAAACAAACCCUACCGAUUCGUCAUUUACCCCUGCCGCAAGUCAGGUGGAUUCGCGUGAAAAUGAAAGCGAAUAUAUUGUACAAUAUUGCAUAGAGCACGAAAAACCGCUACGCCAUGUUCUUGUUGAAGCUCUACGUACGCGCUACCGGCUUUCUGAUAAAGACGUCGAUCAUAUUAUGAGAGAUGAAGUGGUCAAAAAAACUUUCCAUAAACGUUCCCUCGUGCGCUCAUUAGAGUUGCUUUGUCUGGAAGGUGUAACUAAAGAAAGCUUCUUAAGCUAUCCAUGGAUAUUAACGCUAGACAAAGUGCGUUUGCAAGAAAAAUUAAAUCUUAUACACACUCUUCCGGUACGUGAUAUUAACCACUUUGUGCCCUUUCUGCGUUUGACUUUACCGCGUCUACGUAAGCUGGUAUCCAUUAUGAAUUGGGAGUCCAAAGUUAUACCACAAGGAAAUCGUGUCUAUUACAUCAGCGAACUACUAAAAACAGAUCCAAAGCUAGUCACGAAGUAUUCAUCAAAACGUUUGUUUAUCUUGGAAAUGCCUUUUGAGAUGUUAGAGCAGAAUCUGCAGCAUAUGAUAAACUACAAUGUGUCACCAAUAAAUAUUUUAAGAGAUCUUUGGGCUUUUCGAUAUACGCCAAAAUCUGUGGAAUUGCGCUUGGAACGUGCAAAACGUGCUAAGAAGGAUAAAAUUAUGCCAUGGAUGGUACGUUGUCCAGAACCUAUAUUGCAAAGAUCAUUUAAGCUUACUUUGGACGAAUUAGCUGUGUUAGGUGACAAAAAAAAUGUAGUGGAAUAUGUAGCGGAACGUUUGGAAUUCGAUUUCGAUACUACAAGAUGUAUAAUGGAAAGACAUUCAGCUGUUAUGCGUGUGCGCGUAACAAAGAUAAAAGAAGUACUGGACUAUUUGCUGAACGAAGCUGGGUUUACGCGCCAUGAAAUCGCUAAUGUACCACGAAUUCUAUGUCACGGCUUAGAAACAACUAAGCAACGUAUAGAAGAGCUUAAAUCGUACGGUUGUCGUCCCACAAGCUUAGUUAUUGUGUGUCGCAGCAAACGUGAAUACGAAAAAUUUGUAAAAUCCUGGCUGCAAACGGAUUUAAAAAUGAAAAAAUACAAGGAAAAAAAUCAAACAAAUGAGACACAAACAUAGUUUAUAAGUAUUGUAUUUUUGAUUGAUGUUUUACUGUGUAAGUUUUGAAAAUAUAUUAUAAUUUUUGGAAACAAA